CUUUUAUAUUAAGAUAUUAACAGGUGUUUUUAGUCAUGGUGCAUAUGUUUUUAGUCAUGACACAUGAUAGCUAUUUGACAUGUACAUGUAUGACAGUUUUUAACGGUGGCUGAUAACAAAUAUCUUGCAGCAGUAGUCCCUUCAAUUUUGUCAUUCUAGUCAUCUGCUCCUCGGUAGUACCUUAGUGCACCAUGCUUGCCCCGUUGUAUUGCCAAAGUAGUUGUGAUCUGACUGCUGCCUGGGAUUGGAGCAAAAUCAUAUUAAUUAAUUUAUGUGGUAGCAGUUCUUUUGCUGAGGAUGGGAAAGAUAGCAGUAACUGUGGGAUCAGCAACUCCCAACAUGAGGAGCAGAUCUUGGAUGCUAGUUGCUCUCCAACAAAAUAAUUAGACUUGGAUGAUGUGAGUGUAAACCCAAGUGCAGCUAUCAUCUUGCUCGCUGGUAUUGAAACCUGUUAUUUGUUCAUGAAUGCAUUCAUUAAUAUUCUGUCUUUUAAUCUACUUUAACUUGAGAUUUGCUCUGCUAAGGAGGGAUUAACAUUCUCAUACCGAAUGGUUGAGUUGUUCUAUAAUUGUGGCAGAUUCAAUUUUUUGUUUAUCAGAAAUGCCAAUUGGAUGGGCAUACAUAGAACAGAAACUAAGCAUACCCAUAUGCUAUCGUUUAAAGUUUAUUUGUUUUCCUUUCCGAAUAAUGCUGAAACUGAAAUUUUGAUUUAUUAUUGUGUCACAGCUGCAUAAUUUGUGAAUUUUAAUUUAUUCCUCUUUGCAGGUUGGCUGUGGACCUUUCUUAAUCCAUUUAUUUUAUUGGUAGAUAUUUUUGUUCCAAUAAAUCAACCAGCUUGAAAUAGCAUAAACUACUAUGUGAGAAAAGCGGGAAUGUGAUCUCAUUCCUCAGAAUAACUCGAUUGCUUUAGCAGGCUUUCUCACUGACUAGUUUUUCAGGUAGUGCAGAAAAACAAUCUUCUUUGCACAAGAUGAUAACCAAAUGAAUAGGUUAAGCAAGCUCAAGUUAAGGUUCUCACCAUCUCGUGUUGUUUUUCUUAUUUCCAUAUGACAUAUUUUUCAUUUCAGUUAAUUGUGGGCUUUUGUGAUUUCUCAACCUCUAUGUUGGAUUUCCUACUUAAUUGUCUUGACCCCUUUACCUGUGAAGCUUGCAACUAUUGCAUGCACGAACCAGUGUGGUAUUGGCACUGUACUUUAAACCAUGCAAAUGGAAUUCUGGCAUAACAUGUAGCCCAUGCCAACCCACACUGGUGUGGGAUGUUCCGUGCCAGCAUGCACAGUUGUACUUUGAUGUGAAAAAUACUAGAUUGCAAGAAUGCUUUUUUUUUUUUUUAAUUAAGUGGGGAUCUGGAAUGCCAAACAUUGAAGGUGUUACUUUUGAUGCCAAAAUAAUACAUUUUGAUGUGUUGAUUCAUUUUGUAGGUCAAUACCCCCCGGUCAUCAUGUAAACAUUCGUGUUUUUGCGGUGCCAAGAAAUUUGAUCGGUCUAUUAUGUUUCUUAUUAUUGACAUCUAAUAACCUGAUUUGAGGUUCCACAAGUGCCUAAUCUUACAUCCAUUUGCUCAUGGUACUGUAGGUCACUGGACCUUAUUUUUGAAGCUGCAGAGUAUUCCACAGCUAUUUUCGUGCCGUCUGUUUGUGUGUAUCACCUGAGCUUCUCAUGGGGCAGGUAGACAAACCGGAGAUUGUCAAAGUUUUAAUGGUUACCAUACCGUAGCUUGAUGAAGGGGUUAAUGUGACGUCUCUGCCUCAGGAUUAUUAUGGUAUUCAUGGAUAUCAUUGGAGAUAAGCAGCUACACUUCCAAGGAAAAGAUACAGUUCUUGGAAAUGAUAUUGUGGCACUUAUCAUUAGUCAUUUCAAUUAUCGUGGGCAACAAACAUUUCAUGAGACGCCUGAUGUGGUAUCACUUGAGGUCAGAACAGAGAAGUUGUCUACCCUUCUCCUCCUCCUGUGAUUUCUCUUCUUCUCUUUAUCCAUUUUUAUCUGUUGUUCUAUUAUGUACCUGUUCGUGCAAAUACCCAAUUCUCCCUACAACAGCUGUGAACACUCGGCUAGAGCUGGGGGUAGUUUGGUCAUUUAAGCAAUGGAGUUUCUCCCUAUGGGGUCCACAUGGGGACCACAAACACGAUUUACUUAAUACGACCAUUCAGGGAGGGCCACGUUGUCGAAGGACGGAUUUGGUAUCGUGGGCUGAGGCCAGAUUCGCCGUUGCGUGUUCUCCUGUGGACUCGCGAUUUGUUGGAUUUUUAGGUGUAGUCAUAGAGAAAGCAUUUGUAGUCACAGAGCUCACAUCUCUUUUGUCCUAUAAGAAUCGAGAAACAAGACAUUGGCGUCCAGCCCGAAAAGUGCUGCAGGCCGCGUUGCCUGGCCCUCUUGUCUCCUUGGCGACUCUUCGCCGCCUGAGACGCCCGCCGAUGGGAUCCGACGCGCCGGCCCUGCCCCCGCCGACGACGUACUUUUGGGGUGACGUCCCCGGGGAGGAUGAGUACUACGCGUCGCAGGGCGUCCGCAACCGGCAGUCCUAUUUCCAGAGCCCCCACGGCCGCCUCUUCACCCAGUCCUUCCACCCCGUCGACCCCGCCACCGGCGCCGACCUUCCAGUUAAGGCCCUCGUUUUCAUGACCCACGGCUACGGCUCCGACUCCGGCUGGCUCUUCCAGAAGAUCGCCAUCGCCUACGCCACCUGGGGUUAUGCCGUCCAUUGCGCCGACCUCCUCGGCCACGGCCGCUCCCAAGGCAUCCGCUGCUACCUCGGCGACAUGGAGUCCGUAGCCGCCGCCUCCCUGUCCUUCUUCCUCUCCGUGCGCCGGGAGUCGCCCAGCAUGCCGGCCUUCCUCUUCGGCGAGUCCAUGGGCGGCGCCGCCACCCUACUCAUGUACCUCCGCUCCGAGCCGGGCACCUGGACGGGGCUCAUCUUCUCCGCCCCUCUCUUCGUUAUCCCGGACGACAUGAAGCCUUCCCGCCUCCGGCUCUUCCUCUACGGCCUCCUCUUCGGGCUGGCCGACACCUGGGCGGCGAUGCCCGACAACAAGAUGGUGGGAAAGGCCAUUAAGGAUCCGGACCGCCUCCGGGUCAUCGCAUCCAACCCGCGGCGGUACACGGGGCAACCCCGGGUGGGCACCAUGAGGGAGCUCGCCCGCCUCUGCGACUUCUUCCAGACCAAGUUCGGCGAGGUGACCGCGCCCUUCCUGACGGUGCACGGCACCGACGACGGGGUCACGUCGCCGGAGGGAUCGAAGACGUUCUACCAACGGGCAGCGAGCGCCGACAAGACGCUGAUCCUGUACGAGGGGAUGUACCACUCCCUGAUCCAGGGCGAGCCGGAGGAGAACAGCAGCAGGGUCCUGGCGGACAUGAGGGCGUGGAUCGACGAGCGCGUCGAGAGGUAUGGCGGAGGCGAGGCGUUCAACGGGCAUUCCCACGGCAUGGUGGAGGUGGCUGUGAACUGAACCGGAGUAAUCACGGUCGUCGCCGCCGCUGUCCGUCAAAGGCUCGGUAUAGAUUCGGUCUGUCCUUUUUCUUUCUGUGAACGUGUUUGGCGUGGAAAGAUAUUUUAUUGGAUUCGAUAUUGAAUUGUUGGAUUGCUUAUUGGUCAACGCUUAUAGGAAUGUAAGUUCAUCUCGAGUUGGCUACCAAUCCCUAUUGCUUGUCA